AAAACAAAUAAAGUCCGAAACUAAAAUUUUCUCUACGACAAAACGCUAAACAAACCCCGAGUCUCACAGUUUGCACCGAGCCUAAACUUGCGCACAUCGCACGUAGGUAUUCAUAGUCCGUCGUAGCAGCAGUGCCGCGUAGACCUCUCUACCGACUCUACGUCCCCGCGGCUACGAAUCCCCCGAUCGUGCACUAAAUAUUAUAUCAUCUGUGUAAAUAUUCGUGUAGUGUCAUAUUCCUCAAUUCCUAUUUUUUUUUAGUGUUGUGUUUAUAGGUGACUAUAGAUAUUUUUUAAUUUGUGUGGCUUCGUAAAUUUGCUGUUAAGAUAUCUUCACCGUGCCAGUGUUCCAAAGUGUUCAAACCUCCUAUAUCUUUCCAAUGACUUGAAACUAGAAUUUCCCUCCUCUCCAUCAUGACAUGUCCAUUCCGCCGCGCUUCCUCCCAACACCAGUUCGCCAAUGGGAGUGGUUCCAGUGGAAAGAAACCAGAAUUCCGCUCCCGACAAUCCUCGGUCCACCUCCCAGGGCCAGAUGAGGACGAAGGAGAGAGAAACACGCUCACUCUGAAGAACUUGAGCGAAGCUCUACAACUCCUCACAGCACCUUCGAACGAGUGUCUCCAUGCGGCAGUUUCAGCACUAACCAAGAACCAAGCCGAACACUACGAUAAAUAUCAUUGUUUACGAAGACUACCGGAUGAAGUAAAAACUUGCAGGAAUUACGCGUAUUUACAAGAAAUUUACGAUGCGGUUCGGGCUACAGACAGUGUUAGCACUAAGGAUUUUAUGGCAAAAUUAGGAGAAUAUUUAAUUUUAACGGCAUUUUCACACAACUGUCGACUUGAGAGAGCUUUUAAAUGUUUAGGCACUAAUUUGACUGAAUUUCUCACUACCUUAGACAGUGUUCAUGAUGUGUUGCAUGAUCAGGAUGAUGUACUCAAAGAUGAAACGAUGGAAUACGAAGCGAAUUUCGUUUGUACGACAUCGCAAGAAGGAAAAAUCCAGCUUCACUUGACGACGGAAAGCGAGCCGGUGGCCUACCUCCUGGUCGGUAGCUUGAAGGCGAUAGCAAAACUGUUAUACGAUACCCAGACGGAUAUAAGACUGACGAGUUAUACUAACGACCCUAGGAGAUAUAAGUACGAAAUAAAUGCAUUACCACUUCAUCAGAAAUCAAAAGACAGUGACUGCGAGCAAUCAGAAGCAGCUUGCAUUGCUACCUCAACAAAGGUGACAGAUUUAAGAAUUGGCGUGGCGAGUUUCUGCAAGGCAUUUCCUUGGCAUUUUGUCACUGAUAAGCGAUUGGAGCUCGUGCAGUUGGGUGCUGGUUUCAUGCGUCUAUUUGGCACGUACCUCGCAUCCCAUGGGUCCUCACUGGGCACGUAUUUCAGGCUGCUUCGUCCCAGAGGCGUCACUCUUGACUUUCGUGAAAUCCUCAAGAGAGUUAACACGCCAUUCAUGUUCUGUCUGAAGGUGCCGGGAUCGGCAUCGCCAGCUGAGGGUCUGGAGAUCAAAGGUCAGAUGGUGUUUUGUUCGGAAUCCGAUUCGCUCCUGUUCGUCGGUUCACCGUUUUUGGACGGACUUGAAGGCUUAACGGGAAGAGGACUCUUCAUUUCUGAUAUUCCACUGCACGAUGCUACGAGAGAUGUCAUCUUGGUCGGAGAACAGGCUAGAGCUCAGGAUGGACUCCGAAGACGUAUGGAUAAACUGAAGAACUCGAUAGAAGAAGCCAGUAAAGCGGUUGACAAGGAAAGACAGAAGAACGUCAGCCUCCUGCACUUAAUAUUCCCUCCCCACAUCGCAAAGCGGCUGUGGUUAGGUGAGAAGAUCGAAGCGAAGAGCCACGAUAACGUGACGAUGCUGUUCAGCGACAUAGUUGGGUUUACGUCGAUAUGUGCCACCGCCACACCCAUGAUGGUGAUCGCCAUGCUUGAAGACCUUUACAGCGUGUUCGAUAUCUUCUGCGAGGAACUUGAUGUUUAUAAGGUGGAGACAAUAGGCGAUGCUUACUGUGUAGCAAGUGGGCUACACCGCAAGAUAGACACGCAUGCGCCGCAGAUCGCAUGGAUGGCACUGCGCAUGGUCGAGACCUGCGCGCAACAUCUGACGCACGAGGGCAACCCUAUCAAGAUGCGUAUAGGCCUUCAUACCGGGACGGUGUUGGCUGGCGUCGUCGGCAAGACAAUGUUGAAGUACUGUUUGUUCGGUCACAACGUCACUCUUGCCAACAAGUUCGAGUCGGGCUCCGAACCCUUGAAGAUCAACGUCAGUCCCACCACUUACGAGUGGCUAAUAAAAUUCCCGGGUUUCGAGAUGGAAGCCCGGGACCGCUCCUGUCUCCCAAAUUCGUUCCCCAAGGACAUUCCGGGGACGUGUUAUUUCCUUCACAAGUACAUGCAUCCCGGCACAGAUCCCUCGGCGACACAGGUCACGCAUAUACAAGAUGCUCUCAAGGACUUCGGCAUUGGACAAACUAAACCUGGAGAUAUAGAUGAGGAUCUUGAUCUAAAUUAACUAAUGGCAGAACCUACAGCAAAUGCCCUAAGAUGUUUAGGAAAAACUCUUGACACUGUAAAUACUAAUCUUGUAAUUGCUUUGUAAAUCGAGGACAAAAACUUUGUUCAUCAAAAUGUUUUGUGUAAAAAUGUCGUUUCGAAGUUAUAAUACUCUUUAUAUUUAAGCGUUUUAAUUUUUAGGAGCUAAAGAUUUUCUGGCUGUCGUGGUUGUUGAAAUGAAUGCUUUUCUAUUAGAGGUAACGUUAAUGCUAAAGAUGCUGAUAUUAAACUUAUUAAUAAAAUCAAUGUUCUCACUAAUUAUAGUAACAUUAUUAAUGUUUUUCCGUUCAUUUAUGCAAGAUUUUUUACCUUGCGUCGUUUGAUUAUCAGUAGCACUGCUAAGCUCUCUAAGUGUUACCUUAAAAUUAUUAUAGUAAGUGGAGCUUAGAUACAGAUCGAUAUUCAUUCGUUUUGAAGCUAGUUUCUACUCAUAAUAACGUAGUUCAUUGUAAUCUCCGAUCGGGUUUGUGCACUCAACCGUACGAACAUGACAUUUAAAGACCUAUUACUUCCAGAGUAAGGUUGAUUUUAGAUAAUCGACGAUCAACAUACGGUUGACUUAAUUCACAUGGUUUUUAGAGUUAAAUAAUUUAUAAUGAUCUGUGUGAAGCUUUACUAUGUACUACGUAAGAAAUAUGUAUAUAAAGUUGAACCUGGGAUAAUUACGACUUACAUAGGUAUAAAGCGAUGUAGAUAUAUAUUAAGGCAAAUGUGUUUUGCUUUUAGCGAAGUAAUUUUAUUCAGAUUUAUAGAGUAAAUUAAUGUUAUAUUCUGAGUCGUAAAAUAGUUUGAACGAAUAUUCGUAGAUUCUUUGCAGCUAAUUGUAAUGUUUGACA